AUGGAUGAUCCCAACGCAGACACCGAGUGGAACGACAUUUUGCGCGCACGCGGCAUUCUCCCUCCUAAAGAUGAAAAGACCGAAGAGGAAAUCAACGAUCUGAUCGAUGAAGUAAUUGCAGAGCGUGUUGCUAAGAACAACAGCCUAGAUGACAAAACCCUGGACGAACUUGACGAGCUAGAGGACGAGCAGGAUGACAGAAUCCUUCUAGAGUAUAGAAUGAAGCGUAUGAAGGAAAUGCAACAAAUAGCCAGCAAAGAAAAGUAUGGAGAGGUGAGGCAAAUAUCGAAACCUGAUUUUGUCAAAGAGGUCACCGAGGCAAGCAAAGAGUGUUCUGUAAUUGUCCACCUGUACAAUGACUCCAUUCCCGCUUGCAAGUUGAUGAGUAGGCAUUUGUCAGAAUUGGCUCAACGAUAUAAGGCUGUCAAGUUCUUGAAAAUAGUGGCAGAUCAGUGUAUUCCAAACUAUCCCGACCGCAAUGUCCCUACAUUACUCGUGUACGUCAAUGGCGAUAUCAGGGCUAAUAUGAUCGGUGCCAUUUUGUUUGGAGGAAUGAAAAUGACCGUCGAAAGUAAGUGGCUCUUGCGCCAAAUUGUAUGUUCGGCAGGACCUUUUUAUUGA